AUGACGGAAAUAUUAUCCUCGCAAGCUGGUCUGGAGGAUCCGGAUCAGCUGUCUCGGGAUGGCAAUGUCUCAAAAAAUCACAAGCGGGAACAAAGUCGGUCUGAGGUGUCAUCGCAAUCUGCGUCGAACGAUCAGCCCGAGUCUCGUCCCCCAUCCAAAUCAUCUGCGGAACAACCAUCCAUCAUUACCGAUGUGUCAGAAGCCACCGCAACCUUUCGCCAGGCCUUCCCCGGCCUUUACGGUGCCCGUACCCCCUCGAACCGCUCGUCGUCGAGUUCCCUACAAGCCCUCAACGAAGGUAUCGUGGUCGAUGUCCGAUCGGAAAGUGGAAGCAUUGGAAGAAGCACUAGACGAGCCUCGCGACACUCGGAUCAUCAACUACCAGUUUAUCCCGACCAAUCCUAUGCCUCCCUCCAGUCUCAGGUGCACCCCACCUGGCAACCACCUCACCUCACAGAACCAGAUGCUCUACCGAGACACUCCUAUGCCCGUGGUAUUCGUACCGCGGGAAACACUCCGCUGUCAAGCCCGGGGCUCUUCUCCAUGAGACACCCUCGUAAGGGAACACCAUCCGUGUCUGACGAUGAUAUCUCGAUGCGAAGCUCGCUUCUCCAUCCCUCACAUCUUCAACCACCCAAAGAGACACACACCGCCGAAGUUGAUCGCGACAUGGUCACAGGAAACAAAACUAUCAAUCAGUAUGAGAUCCUCGAAGAGCUUGGACGUGGCGAACAUGGCAAGGUAAAACUCGGCCAGCAUGUUGCGACUAAGCAGAAAGUUGCCAUCAAGAUUGUCCAGCGGUACUCCACUCGCCGUCGGUUAGGCAAGCUAGGCAAUCCAGAAGAUAAAGUGAAGAAAGAGGUAGCUAUUCUCAAGAAGGCACGGCAUCCAAACGUGGUCAGUCUGCUCGAAGUCAUCGACGAUCCAAAUCGACAAAAGGUAUACAUUGUGUUGGAAUAUGUUGAAAAUGGCGAAAUUGUCUGGCGUAAGAAGGGUCUACGAGAAAUUGUCCACGUCGACAAGCUACGUCUAGAGCGGGAGAAAAAUGGAAUCCCAGAUACUCCCGCGUUCCUGGAAGAGAGCCACCAAUUCAUUCGAACUGCUCAGCAUCUGCGAGAGCAACGGGAAAGAGCUCGCGAGCGGAUUGAAGCACAGGCUGCCGAUGCGCAGAAAGGGCCAAUCCCCGCUUGGAGUUUGGAGCACGGCGCGGAAUCUUCAGAUGAGGAGGAUGACGAGUCUGGUCUUCCUAUCAGGAGAUCAUCUAGCCGUUCUGUUGCAGUAACAGAUGACUCAAGCCCGUCCUCCGCCCAGGACCCGUCUUUAAGUGCUGUCGAGGGCAGCAUGUACGGCGCAUAUGCAGAUUACCCGUUCGAAAGACGUUCCAGCACAGCCUCUAGUAGCUUUGGUUACGCCCCCUCUGAACCUGAGUGGUCUGCAGAGGGCGAUGACAUGGCAUACGUCCCUUGUUUGACUAUCAAUGAAACCCGCAGCGCAUUCCGGGAUUCGGUACUUGGCUUAGAAUACCUCCACUACCAGGGUAUCAUCCAUCGGGAUAUCAAACCAGCCAAUCUACUCGUCACUAGUAAUCAUCGGGUGAAGAUCUCCGACUUCGGUGUUUCCUACCUAGGACGCCCAAUGCGAGACGAGGAAGAAGAGCAGGUGGGUGAAACCGAUGCGACAGAGUUGGACGAUGCCCGUGAAUUAUCCAAGACUGUUGGUACACCAGCUUUCUAUGCCCCCGAAUUAUGCUAUACCGGCGAUGACUUUGUGGAAACCAUUGGGUCGAUCCCCAAGAUCACUGGUGCGGUUGACGUUUGGUCGCUCGGUGUCACAUUGUACGGAAUGGUUUUUGGUCGUCUACCAUUUGUUUCGGAUGAUGAGUACAGCAUGUUCCACACUAUUGUUAAGAAGGAAGUCUUCAUUCCACGGAAGCGCCUUGUACCCGUGAUGGAUGAGGCGUCCGACUCUAAUCAGUGGAACCUAAGAAAUGAUGAUGAGCUCGUCUAUGAGGAUAUCGACGACGAGCUAUACGAUCUGCUCAGGCGUCUGUUGACUAAAGAUCCAGUCAAGAGAAUCACCUUGAAAGAGAUUAAACACCAUCCUUGGACACUCCAUGGUCUUCCCAACCCUAGAAUCUGGAUUGAGGAGACUGACCCUGGUUACCAAAGCAAGGGCAAACGGAUUGAGGUCUCGAAUGAAGAGGUUACAAGCGCUGUCAGCAAAGUCCCUUUUAUUCAACGGGUUCGGUCUAAUGUCGCAAAAUGGUUCAGCAGUGGUCGAUCCAAGGAGAAGGAACCCCGCAAGCGUACAUCGAGCACAACAACGUCUACCGAGACUUUGUCCUCUGCAUUAAGCAACAGCACAUUCGGGAAGGCCUCCCGCGACAGUCGUCGGUCCAGUCUGCGAGGAGACGAAGAAUUCCUACGGCCGCUCAAAUUUGGCGGUCAAGGACACCCGCUUGCGCAAAGUGUUACUGCAAGUCCAGUGGACGAAGGCGAUUGGGCAUCUUAUUUCGAUGCCGUGCAACCAAGUACAGUUGCUGCCGCGACCAAGCUUGCCGCUCCACCUCCUACGGUGACACCACUCCGACCUGGUCCUCCUCGUCGAGCGAAAUCCUCAAUGUCUACAGCGGAGUCCUCGAAGACGGUCAAGCCAUCCGGGUUUGAUAUCCCAUUGACUGUUCGGCCAUCUUCCAUAAUUGAAGCUCUAGGACAGACCAACUUCGGCAGUCUUUUCAGUGGAGCUACUCGACGGGGAUCACGAGGCAGUCGCAGUCGAUGCACUUCGCCCUCUGGCGAGUCAGGAUCUCUCCGUGGGGAUGGAGAACGCCCCUCUGCUGAGCCUAGCCUCGCUGUCAGCAAUGCAUCUGCCCAUGGGCAAGUGCGCACCCCCGGCCUGUGGCACGAAGAGGAACACCCCACUGCCGAGCAAUUGGCCCCUAGUCGUGUACACCGGCGGAAACGAUCUUCGCAACUCGAGGAUGCAUCACCGGCAGAAUCAUUGGAUCUCACCAGGGAUGCACUUCUGCGCCGCAGACGGAGCGACAUCGAAGCUAAUGAAGGCGGUACUUUGAGAGUUGAUUACGCGAUGUACUCUACUGAAUCGCUACUUCUGCCGCCCAUCAUUUCAACUCCUAGCCAAGGAUGCGCCGCCGACAACACCAACAAUGGCCUAGCUGCCUCCACCUCCGUCACUAUCUCUUCCUCUUCUGCCGACGACUUCACCAGCGGCAUGUCCCAGAGUGCCUCCCACCCCAGCAUUCCGUCGGUCGUCUCAAACGCAUCGUCUCUUUCUGGUGAUGGUUACUCGGCCAAGGGCAAUACCCUAGACCAAGUACCCUCUAUGCUACGAACAGGAGAGACAGUCAAACCCAUUCGUCAGAACUCGCCCCGUCCGUUUGAAGAGGACGAGUCUAGGUACUACUGCGAUGACGAGGACGAGGAUGAGUCGGAAGAUGAAGGCCUUGUGAUCGGAAAGCGCAAGCCGCCCCCAAAGGCCGCAUCGGAUAUUCCGUCUUAA